GUUUGGACUCGUGACCAAUACGCAAACAAACAUGGGUUUACUGUUCCCCCGAUUGGUGACAAGUUCUACAAGGUCACGCGGUACUGUCAAGUGUCAGCACUGUCAGCUAACAUUCAUAUGUUACAAAGAAUUGCGCCACGCUAUAGCACAAUAACAAUUGCGUUACCGACGGCAGUGGUUUGUUAAAGUUAAUCGCUACAAAUCUAGUGUCAAUAUCCAGCGGAGGUAACAACGAAGAGAUAUUUAAUAUCGACUAGUGCACGUCUGGGGCCAGGGUUGCGGCAUCGAAGCGCUGCGGAAUUUAAAGUCCCGACAGCCCCGACAGCGCAGACAUGCGGCUCAUCAUCCUGGAGGACGCGGGCGUGGUGGCGGACUGGGCGGCGCGCUUCGUGCUGCAGCGCAUCACCGAGUUCGCGCCGGGCCCGGGCCGCCGCUUCGUGCUGGGGCUGCCCACGGGCGGCACGCCGCUGGGCAUGUACCGCAAGCUCAUCGAGUUCCACCGGGAGGGCCGCCUGUCCUUCCGCCACGUCACCACUUUCAACAUGGACGAGUACGUCGGCCUGCCGCGCGACCACCCGGAGUCGUACCACUACUACAUGUGGAACGAAUUCUUCAAGCACAUGGACAUCGACCCGGCGCAGGCGCACGUGCUGGACGGCAACGCGGAAAACCUCGCCGCAGAGUGCCAGCGCUUCGAGGACCUCAUCAAGGAGGCCGGCGGCGUGCAUCUCUUCGUCGGAGGCAUCGGGCCGGACGGGCACAUCGCGUUCAACGAGCCGGGCUCGUCGCUGGUGUCGCGCACGCGCGUCAAGACGCUGGCCUACGACACGCUGGAGGCCAACAAGCGCUUCUUCGGCAACGACGUGCGCAAGGUGCCGCGCCAGGCGCUCACCGUGGGCGUGGGCACGGUGAUGGACGCGCGCGAGGUCAUGAUCCUCAUCACGGGCGCGCACAAGGCGCUGGCGCUAGCCAAGGCGGUGGAGGAGGGCGUCAACCACAUGUGGACCGUGUCGGCCUUCCAGCAGCACGCGCAGGCGUUGUUCGUGUGCGACGAGGACGCCACGCAGGAGCUGCGCGUCAAGACCGUCAAGUACUUCAAGGCGCUGAGCGACGAGCACCAGAAGAUGAUCGCGGGCGUGCCCGUGCUGGAGCAGCGCGUGCUGCACUGAGGCGGGACGCCGCCGCGCCCCGCGGCCACGCCGGGAACCCGCGCCUCGAGCCUGAUGGGUGAGCAUAACAAAAUGAUCGCAGGGACCCGGCAAACGGACCUUCCGCCCGACCACCGCGCGGCGCACUAAUGAGAUUGCUGCGCUCGCACCGUGCGUGGAAGCACUCGCAUUCAAAUAUAACACUUAAUGUCAUGUGAUUACUUAUAUUGUAAGGUUAUUUUUACUUUUAUAGAAUAUUCCACUUACCCAAUGAAAAAUUAUAUUUUAUUAAAAAAAAUUGAC